CAGACCAGCAUGGAGGAGCAACAAACCCCACAAUUAAAAAACUCAGGUGUCACAGCAAUAGCGUCUCUGGCCGAGGCUCGCUGAAUAAAGAUGCUCACGUACUUGGAUGGACAAAUCGGAUGACUCAAAGGAGGAGUCGGGUUACGACAAUUUUCAGACAUGGAGGUGCUUUUAUUUCGUGUCUGGAAUCUAUGUGUGGAUGAACCUUGAUGUCAACAUGAGGUCAAGGAAACCAUAACUUUUUUGGCCCCACUCACCUGACUUCUGUCAGCAUGCAAACGCUGCAUAGAUGAUUCACCCUGUAAAGAGACAUCACUGGGAAGGAACAGGGUCUAAUGAUGUAGCAUCAACAGGGGACUUACAUGUGGGCUAUGAUUCAAGACAGUCCCAUCACAGUCAGUAUGGAAGUGCAGACAACCUCUCUGGUCUGGAUAUACGUUAACACCACAGUGAACACUUCAUAUGAGUACAACGCGACAGAUUUGACCGAAGACUCAAACCGAUCUUACACCAUCGGCCUCUUCCUGUCCUGCCUGUACACCAUCCUCCUCUUUCCUAUUGGAUUUAUCGGCAACAUCUUAAUCCUGGUGGUGAACCUGAACCACAGAGAGAAGAUGACCAUCCCCGACCUUUACUUUGUCAACCUGGCUGCAGCCGACCUCAUCCUGGUGGCUGAUUCCCUCAUUGAGGUCUUCAAUCUGAACGAGAAAUACUACGACUACGCCGUCCUCUGCACCUUCAUGUCGCUGUUCCUGCAGGUCAACAUGUACAGCAGCAUCUUCUUCCUCACAUGGAUGAGCGUUGACCGAUACAUUGCCAUAGCUAGCUCCAUAAGCAGCAGCCCUCUGAGAACUAUGCAGCACGCCAAGCUCAGCUGCGGCCUCAUCUGGAUGGCGUCCAUCUUGGCCACGCUGCUGCCCUUCACCAUCGUGCAGACGCAGCACAGGGGCGAGGUGCACUUCUGCUUCGCCAACGUCUUGGAGAUCCAGUGGCUGGAGGUCACCAUCGGCUUUUUGGUGCCCUUCACCAUCAUUGGUCUCUGCUACUCUCUAAUCGGGCGAAUCCUCAUGAGGGCGCAGAAGCACCGAGGACUGUGGCCCAGGCGGCAGAAGGCCCUGCGCAUGAUCGUUGUGGUGGUUCUGGUGUUUUUCAUCUGCUGGCUGCCGGAGAACGUCUUCAUCAGCAUCCAGCUCCUGCAGGGCACGGCGGACCCCGCCCAGAGGACAGCUACCACCCUGUGGCACGACUACCCGCUCACAGGACACAUUGUUAAUCUGGCAGCUUUCUCCAACAGCUGCCUCAACCCCAUUAUCUACAGCUUUCUAGGAGAGACGUUCAGGGACAAGCUGCGGCUCUUCGUUAAGCAGAAGGCCAGCUGGUCAGUGGUGAACCGCUUCUGCCACCACACCCUCGAUCUACACCUCCCUGUCAGGAGCGUGGUGUCAGAGGUGUGACUGAUAGGAAGAAGGACAAGAAACUCACAAGGUGUGCUAAAAACUCUUAACAUUUCACCCAGUGUGAAAAAUAACCUCAGCUUUCUUCAUCUGGUAUGCCUCUCAGUUAACCUGCUCACUUUCUGAACAAAAACACAAAAAUAUACACUCAAGUAAGAAUGGGAAUGACUCAUGUUGUGCAUCCUUUUAAGUAGAUUACAAUGCACAUAAGGUACUUGAAGCUAUGUUCAUGUUUUCAUACAUGUUUCAUUAUUUACUUUUAUUUAGUUUUCGGUGUGUGUUUUUUUCUUCAAAAAGUGUGUUUGAUGGCAAGGAGCAAAAUGUCAGCUUCUGUCCUUUAAGGCGAUGGAUAGAUGAGUGUCAGAGGACAACAGCUUUUGUGUAAGACGGAAAAUAAUAAGUGAUCUGUCAUGCAAAAUAACAUUUUCUGGCUCUUCAGUUAAACCCCACAUGGAAACACCUGCAUAAUGAUGUAUAACCUACUAGGGCUCCAACCAUUAGUCAACUUAUUUUCAGAAAAAUAAUCACCAACGUCUUUGAUAAUUGGUUAAUGGUUAAAGUUGGUUUGCAUGCAAAAAUUGCCAAAGGUUAUGUUUUUAGCCUCUCAAAUGUGUUUCAUUUUAUAAAAAAAAGGGAAUAUAUUUAGAUUUUGGACUGACCAAACUAAAUAUUUACAUACAUCACCUUGAAAUUAGAGGGAUAUAGGGAUGGACAUGUUUCCAAAUAAUCAGCAGAUGAAUUGAAAAUGAAAAUAAUAUAUAAUGUAAUACACACCAUCAACACCAUCAUUGACAACAUGGCAUUACAGGUAGAAAAAAACCCAAAGAGGCAACGAGUAGCAGUGACUUUCUUUUCACUGUAAAUAUAACUGUACCCCUGUCUGUUUCUCUUCUGUUGAACGGAAAUAUCCUUUUGUAAAGCUAAACAUAUGAUGGAAAAUGCACAAAAAUGUG